AUGAAUACCAACAUCAAUAAUGUAAACGUUAAAGAAUGUAAUGCUGAUGUCGGUGGGAAUGAUUGUUCAAUAUUGGAGAUUCAUUUAAAUCAAAGAUUGAUAUUACAAUUGUUUAAAGGUGAUGAUAAUGAAGGUAAUGGUGAUGAUCAUUUAAUCAUUCAAAAUCAGAUCAUGUCUGUGAUACUUAUAGAUGAUGAUAAUGGUCAACCUCGCAAACAAUUACAUUUGGAUACUCUUCAUAAACUGUUAAAGAUCAUAUACCAAAGAGGAAGAAACAAUGAUCUAUCAAAGACAUACCCAUUUCUUCUAAACAACAACGGCAAUAAUAAUAGUAAUCUAUUCUUUGAUCAAAUACUUUCAACAUUUGAAAAGAAUGAUCAUCAACAACAAAAGCAAUACUAUUUAUAUUAUUCAAUAUUAUACAAAAUAUUACAAAUAUCAAGUUGUAUUAAUAAUAAUAGUAAUGAUAAUAAUAAUAGGCAACAACAAAUAUCAAAAAGAAUAAUUACUAUUUUAAUCAACAAUAAUAAUAAUAAUAAUAUUAACUUUUAUAAUCAUAUAUUAUCACAAUGUUUAAAUGAUGAUGAUGAUGAUGAUAGUCACAGUAGUAGUAGUAAAGUACACAACUAUAUAAUAAUAAUGAAGUUAAUUAAAAUAGUGGUACUUGUUAUUCAUUGGUAUAGAGAUGGAGAAAAUGCAAAAUGGAGAGUCGUAGAAUCAAUCAUUCUAUUUAUUAAACAUUUAUCAAUUCAAUUCAACUCUUCAUCUUCUUCUAAUAAUAAUCAACAACAACUAUUUAUAUCAAAAUGGUAUGGAAAAGAAGAAGAAGAUACUCCAAACAAUAUGAUAUCAAAUAUUUUAAUCAAGGGACAGUCAACAGACAUAAUCAUCACAUCGAGAAUUUAUAUUGUAUUGUUAGAGUUGAUACAAUCAUGUUUAUCACUUGAUGACAGUCAAAAAGGAAUAUCAUUGGUAUUGGAAUGUUUGUUGUGUGAUUUACAAAACAUAAAUAUUUAUUUCAACAUUGAAAAUCAAGGUAGAUUGUUUGGUGAUCAAUUGGAUAUUGAAUCUAUAGAUACUAUGAAAACUUUACUGUCCAUUUAUUUAUUAUUAGACAGGAUAUUACAAAAUAUGGAUGAUGAUGAAGACGAUAAUAAUAAUGAAGAUGAUAGAUUAAGGUUACUGAUGGUUACCAAUGCAAUUGAACCUCAUAAAAUAUUUAACUAUUUCAUCGAGAAACAAUGUCUAUAUGAUCAUCACAUGAUACUCGAUUUAUUAAUCUCAACUGAAUCUACUUCAUUUUUGGAUUAUUUUCUAAGAUAUUUAAAUUAUUCAAUUCAAAAUCCAGAAUCAUUUUAUUUAAAAAUGGAUAAUAAUGGAGAUACAUCAUAUGAUGAAGAGGAGGUGGAGGAUGAUGAUGAUUAUGAAGAUGAAUUGGAUGAAAUAGAAGAUAUUGAAAAAUAUAUUGAACAAAAAUUACAAUUAAUAGAUCAAGAAAAAGAAGAAGAAAAAGAAGAAGAAAAGGAAUACCAAGAUAACUAUGAUGAUGAUGAAAUGGAUGAUUACAAUCAUCAAUUAAUUUACAACUGUCUAAGACGAUUAACAUUGUUCAUUGAAUCAUCUUUCAACAACCAUACUUUUCCCUACAACCCAUCAAUCCUACUCAAAAGAUUACAUUCACUUUUAGAUUUGGCCCGUGACACAGAGUCGGAAACUACUACUACUAUAUAA